AUGUCGAAAGCAACAUUCGCAAUCAUCGCCGCAGCGGGUGCUGCCACCGGUGCUGGCGUCACUGCACUUGUCUACUCAGCCAAGGCUUCCCGGCAGCAGCCGCCGGUAUCGCCUGCUCUACCGUCAGCAGCCAAACCUCCGGUACCCUCACCGAAUCCUGCGGUUAUCCCACAUCCAUCCACUCCGCAGAUACCGACCCGAUUCCCAGCGCCCGUUGAUCCAACCGGCCUCCUCCAGUACGGAUUCCCCGGUCCAAUUGCCGACACCAUAAACAGUGCCCCCCUGACAAGCGCAUAUGACCGCCGCACACGCAACCCAUCAUGGGUGGCCGAGCACAUCACGCCCGAGUCUCUCAAGCUCAACAACGCCGACCGCAAACACAGCGUCUUCUACGAAGACCAAAGAAUCCCCGCCGCAUUUCGCGCCAAGUUGAGCGAUUACUUCCGCUCCGGGUACGAUCGUGGACACCAGGUUCCCGCCGCAGAUGCAAAAUGGAGCCAGGACGCCAUGGACGCGACAUUUGCUCUGACGAAUAUGUGCCCGCAGGUUGGGGAGGGCUUCAACCGCGACUACUGGGCGCAUUUCGAGGAAUUUUGCCGAGGAUUGACGAAGAAAUACCCUUCUGUGCGUAUCGUCACUGGCCCGUUGUAUCUACCGAAGAAGGAUCCAACCGAUGGAAAGUGGAAAGUCACCUACGAAGUUAUCGGAAAUCCACCAAAUGUUGCCGUUCCAACACACUUUUAUAAAGUUAUAUUCGCGGAAGAUGGAAAAGAAGGAGGGAAGGUUAGCCUGGGUGCCUUUGUGAUGCCAAACGCGCGCAUCCCAAAUGAGAAGAGCCUGUCCGAUUUCGAAGUUCCCUUGGAGGCUGUAGAGCGUGCCAGCGGCUUGGAGUUCACAUCAAAGCUUGCUGCAGACCGGAAGAAGAGGUUAUGUCAGGAAGUGAAGUGUGAGAUCAUGGUGAGAGAGUUCGCGAAGGCAACUAACAGAAAGGCAUUGCCAUCGCCUUGA